CUAUUUUUGUCACUCACGCUAGAUGGCGCCACAUGUUUUGUCGAAUUUUUAAAAAUAAAUUUUCAAUAUUUAUUUAUACCAGAAAAGAAGCCUCGUUCGGAAAAAUGUUUUUUGACCUACCUUCCUUUUAAUAUAGGACUUUCUAUUAGUACCUUUUUUACUUACUUUUUCAAGUAGAUUCAUCUCCUUUACGAUUGUGCCAUCAGAUAAGGAAGAUUCUGUAUAACCUUCCAUUCAAUGUCAUGUUAAAAAGUUUUGUUUACCUUCGACGGAAUCUGUAGUCUAACCUCUUUUCCUUCCUAAAUCUACAUAUAUAAAUCAGUAAAACUUGACAAAUGAUGUCCAGUACGAUUAAUCAUAAGUUAUUUUAUAAUACUGUUCUGUCACAAACAUUUUCCCCAGAUGGAAAUUAUUUACUGGCUGGAAAUAUUUACGGAGAUGUUUCAGUUUUCGAGUUAUCAAAAGCUCUAGGUCCUCGUAAAGCAGAAGAAAAUGAGUUACAAGGACCUAAUUAUCGCUUUACUGCUCAUCCUGACCAACAGGUAGAGAGUAUGGUUUCGACAGAUAAUUUUUUGGUGACAGGAACAUCUGGGGAAGUAUGCGGAUGGGAUUGGAAAAUAGUUACCUCUAGCAAAGCACCAAAAAGUAAAGUUUCAUGGACUGUACAGAUGCCAGUUAAUAAGGACAGCUAUGAAAAACCAGAUGUGAAUUACAUGGUAUACUCCAAAUCAAAUCAUCUUUUAUAUGUUGGAUGUGGUGAUAAUAAUAUUUAUGUAAUUACCUUAGAAGAUGGUAGAAUAGUCAGAAGUUUACAAGGACAUACAGACUAUAUCCAUUGUCUGUCUUUAAUGGGUAAUCAGUUAGCUUCCUGUGGGGAAGAUGGAACAGUAAGAUUAUGGGAUUUAAGAAAAAAAGAAAAUACCAAUAUAUUAACACCUUAUUUGGUAGAAAAGGUAGCCAGGCCAAGGUUAGGCAAGUGGAUUGGUGCCAUAGAUUUUACAGAUGACUGGUUGUUAUGCGGUGGUGGUCCGUCUUUAUCCUUGUGGCAUAUACGCACGAUGGAAGCAGCAACUGUGUUUCAUCUUCCAGACGAAGGGAUUCACGUAGCAAACAUUUACGAGGAACGUGUAAUUGCUGCAGGAGCAGCGCCUCACGUUUAUCACUUAACGUAUCAAGGAGAAACAUUGGCCAAAGUGCCAACUUCUAGUAACACCGUUUACAGUAUUAUUUACCAAGAAACUCCACAGAAAGUAAUGAGUAUAGCCGGCUGUUCGAAUAAUCUUGACGUUUGCACAAACUUUAACUAUCGUGAAUUAAUGUUAAAGUUUGCGUAAUAACAAAACAAACAUGUUUUCCAUGCGAUCUGUGGAAGAAAAACAAUCUCAUGGGGUUUAUAUAUUUUUAAAUAAAUAUAUUAAUACAAUAUGCAUUUUAUAAAAUAUAGUAUAAAACUUUUUACAAAUAUACAAGUAUCCGUUCGUUAA